CCUGCUGCUGCUUAUUUUAAUGUGUGUCUGUGUUUUAGACUUUCUCCUCUUGAGUGUGAGAUAGCCGUUUUCGUGGUGCUGUCUGAUAUAUAUUUGGAGCAUAGACACUGUUUACUGUAUGUCUGGGGAUUAGAGAGCAAGCGUGUUGUGUGGAUUUGUGUGAGGAUCUUUGUACUCAUGGAUUACCGUAGUGGAUCCCUAGAGCCAGUCAGGCACUUCAAGAAGGAUGAAUUCGAGGCUGACUGGAUUAAGUUGGCAGAAUGCAAAUUUGGUCAGGUGUACCAAGUCAAGGUCAAGCUUUGGAGGGAAAAAUAUGCCUUAAAAAGCUUUGACACAACCACAUGUGACAAUAAGUUUUACAGGAACGUUAUAAACGAGAUUUCCAGCAUGGUCAAACUGAAAUUCAAGAACAUUAUAUCCAUCUACGGACUGUGCAGCGAAGCAACUGCUGUUGUGAUGGAGUACAUGAGUAAUGGAUCACUGAACAAUAUCCUAGCUAGUCACACUUUGAUGUGGCCAAAAAAAUUUCAGUUGAUUCAUGAGGCUUCGAUGGGCAUGAAUUUCCUUCACAGCAUGAACCCUCCACUGCUCCAUUUUAACCUCAAGACAUCCAAUAUCCUACUGGAUGAUCAUCUUCAUGUCAAGAUUUCAGAUUUUGGUUUAAUCCACUGGGAGGAGGACAUAAGCAAGACGGUGUUCAUGGAGUGUCUGACAGCAAGAGGAAACACAAGUUACAUUCCCCCAGAGACCUUCACUCAGUGCCCUGAUCCUCCAGGAACUACCUUUGAUGUUUACAGCUUUGGGAUUGUUAUGUGGGAGAUUCUGACACAGCAGAAACCGUACGCAGGAUGCAGCAUGACAACAGUGCUCUUGCAGGUGUCACAAGGUAAGAGACCUUGUUUGGAGAUGAUGCCUGAUGGGAGGCCCAAUGAGUGCGAACAGAUGAUCAGCAUCAUGACACAAUGUUGGGACCAGAACGAAUGGAAGAGGCCACAGUUUUCAGACACUGUGAGGAGAACAGAAGUUCUGAAUGAAGUCUUGAAAAUCCCAGGACCUAUCCAUGGUCACAAAAAUGGCGACGUGGGGCCGAAAUCAGAUUAUCCUCGGCUGGUCUUGCCAGUUCAUAACAUAACUUUGCCUGAGACGUCUGCCAUUCCUUCGGAUAAACAAGAUGGCAUUUUGUCUCUCCUAUACAAAAAGGACUUUAGUAGUUUCAGGCACUCUGUGAGAAAAGAGCAUACACACACACUGUUUCCUGGCCAAAAGAACCUCCUUCACUACACAGUAGUCAGCGGUGAUUCUGAGAGUGUCGAGCAUGUCCUGAAUCUGGGUGCAGAGGUCAACUGUACAACUGCCAAAGGUUACACUCCUGUUAUUGUUGCUGUUCUCCAAAGGUUUCAUGACAUUAUCUCUUUGUUGCUGGAACAUGGAGCAAAUGUAACCCAGGGAGAUGAGGACCAGUGGACACCGCUCCAUUUUGCUGCUCAGAAUGGGGAUGACAGGGCUGCUCGUCUCUUGCUGGACAAAGGAGCUGUGGCAGAUGUACAGGAGAAAGAUGGCUGGAUGCCUAUCCACCUGGCCUCCCAGAAUGGUCACGAAACCAUGGUGCGUCUGCUGCUUUCGCGGAUGUCAGAGAAAGCUGUUGUUGAACAGGAGAUGGGGCAAGGGAGGACAUCGCUCCACCUAGCAGCUUGCUAUGGGCAUCUAAAUAUAGUCAAACUCCUCCUUGCUCAUGGAGCGGAUUCCAAUUCCAAAGACGUCUCUUUCUCCACUGCUCUUCAUUUAGCAGCUGAGCAAGGCCAUAACCGUGUGGUCAGACAUCUGGUGAAGAGUGGGGCCAUUUCCGACAGUGCAGACAGCAGAGGAUUCACACCACUUCACCUGGCUGCUCUGAAUGGUCAUACGGGCAUAUGUAGGCAGCUGUCGUCAAAUGGGUCCAACCCAGACUCCAAGACCCUCCAAGGUUGGACUGCCAUGCACCUGGCUGCUCUGAGAGGACAUGACUCUGUGGUAGUCCAGCUGGAAAGUCAGGGUGAAAGUGUAAACUCAAAAGGCCAGAAUGGAUGGACUCCUCUGCACCUUGCAUGUCACCAGAGUGAGCAGGAGGUAGUGGCAAAGCUCCUGGCAGCCAGAGCCGACCCAAAUAUCGCAGCAGAAGAGGGGUGGACACCCCUACAUGUAGCCUGUACCAGUGUAAGCUUCCCUUGUGUCCUCCACUUACUAUCACAUCAUGCAGAUGUCAAUGCGGUAAACUCAGGAAAGACCACACCUUUACACCUGGCUGCUCAGCAUGGCUGCGUGCCCAUCGUAAAGGCUUUGCUCCUGAAUGGAGCAGACCAAACACUGCAAGACUCUUCUGGAUCCACAGCUCUAAAUGUAGCCCACCAGUGUGAAAAAUUGGAAAUAGUGCAGUUACUGGAAAAAGGAUGUUAAGUAUGACUGGAGUUUUUGUAGAAACCAGUGUGAAUAGAAGGAUUACUGCAAUAUGAAAGCAAUAAUGAUACAGCUGGCCUAUUCUCCCCCUUUUGAGUAGGGCUUAUGCUAAGGAGCUUAAAGCAGGAUAUUUAAGAGUUUUAAACAUCUUACACUUUUUUUUUCAGAAAAAAGAUGACUAUACUCCAAUUAUUAUGUUAUACACACAAAUGUAAAUUAAAACACAAUUUUCUCUAUUAUGUCUGUGCUGCUUAUGUAUGAAAUCAAAAUUUCAAUUGUUUGAAUUUAGUUUAAUUUAGUCAAUAAUUACAAUAACAACAGCAGGGACAAAUGAGAUGAGCCAUUUAUGUCAAAUCAAGUAUUAAAAUUGAAACUAAUUCCUUUAAAACAUGUUUAACCUGACAGGGACAUUAAAAAAAGAAAUGAUAGUGACAGAAAAUACUGGGGUCAGAAUCAGGUGAAGUAGAUUAUAAUGACAACACAUAUUGAUUCUCCUCUUUGAAUCAACUUGUGUGCCUCUUAUGUGUGCUGCUCUGGCAGACAGAAAAUGGAAAUGAAAGCAUGUCAUUUGUAUUUUUAAAUGAAAUAUUCCAACUAUAUUUAAUAUGUAUAUUGUAUGCCUAAUGACAAGUGAAGAUAAUUAUCAGUUAUUCCCCAAGGACUGAUGGAAGCACUGCCCAGCUUCUGCCACACUCACUCACCACUCUGACAUCUUAUUAAAAGAAAAUGAAAUGCAUGGAUUCAGGAGCAGUAUUGACCUACACUUUCACAGGACUUUCCCUGGAACCACAAGAGACAAACUCUGAUGGACGGGUGGAAGUUGAACCCAAUAAAAUUGCUGUGAAUGAAUGGUGCAGAGUUAAAUCGGACUUAGCUUUGAUUGUUCUUGGUUGCUGAAUGAAUGUUUGCUUUGUCAUUCUUAAAGAGUUAAUUUAUUCCUAAAUAAGGUUCCCCUCUAUGGUAUGUGUAAACCUGUGCAUUUUAGUUUAUCUUUGGUCUGUUUUUCAUUUUGGAUGUUUAUUACUCAAUGGCUUGAAACUAAUUGUACUUUUUCAAUUCUUUUGGCAUUAAAUGGAAAUGUCUAUGUCUUUCUUCUUUGACUAAAUUUGGACAAUAAACUGUUUAACUCUG